CCCGCAAAUAUCGAAAAUUAUCUCAGGCUUCAUUCUACGCUGCACAUAACAGAACAGGAUGACUCAAAUUGAUGUUUCUUACCGAUAUGGGCCCUAACUGGGUUGAACAUACUAGUUUCUCAUCCAAAUUGACUUCGAAACUCACUUUGGAGUACAACAGGCUCAAUUGUUCGCGAUCAUGUCGUUCCCAAUGCGCCGAUCAGUGGUACCCCUCUUUGACUCCUCCACUCGAGCAUACUGUUCUCCGCGAAUGUUCUCGACGGCGUCUGCCUUGCUUCAUCGAGUCGCCAGUCCUACAAUACCGAGUACCUCCAUUAAGAUCUUCCGAGAUGUACCUGCGCUUCGCCAAUGGCGUCGCAAACAACUCAUCGAUUAUCGAACGGUUGGUCUUGUGCCAACUAUGGGAGCUCUUCAUGAGGGUCACUUAUCACUCAUUCGUCUCGCUGCUGCAGAAAAUUCAAAUGUGAUAGUGAGCAUAUAUGUUAAUCCAACUCAAUUCGGCGUUCACGAAGAUCUUGAUAGCUAUCCGAAGACAUGGGAAAAGGAUUGCAAGAUGUUGAAGGAUCUCGACAUGGAAUUAGCUGAUAAUGGAAACAUGGGAAAGAUUGCCGCGGUAUUUGCGCCUACAUCAGACACAAUGUAUCCGAGUGGGCCGCCGAGCCAAGAAGUUAAAGCGAAAGGAAGCUUUGUCACAAUCACACCGGUGGGAGAGCUAUUGGAGGGGCCAGCCGGCCAACAUUUUCAGGGAGUGGCCACUGUGUGUAUGAAGUUAUUCAAUAUUGUCAUGCCGGAGAAGGUAUAUUUUGGGCAAAAAGAUGUUCAGCAGACUGUGGUUAUAAAGAAGAUGGUUAGGGAUUUCUGCAUGGAUACCAAAGUUGUCAUCGGAGAUACACAAAGAGAGCAUGAUGGUCUGGCAUUAAGUUCAAGAAAUGUUUAUUUAGGAAAGAGGAGAAGAAACAUAGCUACGGCACUAUUCAAAGUGCUCAAAGUAGCCGAGCAGGGAUAUAAAUUUGGACAUCGAUCAAGAGAUGAGCUCUUGGGACCUGCAUUGGAAUUGGCGAAAUUGCUGCUAAUGGAACAGUAUCAAUUGAAGCCCGAGGAACGAGUAAGGUUCGAGGUGGAUUACAUAUCAUUGGCAGAUCCCAUGACCAUGGAGGAGAUCCAAGAGGUUGACGAAACGAAGGGCGCAAUUUUGAGUGGAGCAAUAAAGAUGCUGCCAGUAGAAGCACCACAACCUGGAGAGGAUCUUGGUCUGUCUGAUGGACCUCCAGUAAGGCUGAUAGAUAAUAUUAUAUUAAAACCUGUAAAGUUAUGA